UUGACCCAUUCUGGAAGCACAAGAUCAAUACAAGAAGAUACCUGCAGCUCUCCAUAAGAUAUUCACAACAUGCUGUUUUCUGGACUCUUUACUGUUGUGUAGCUGUUAAUUAUUAUUAUUUUUUUUUUCAGUUUUCAGCAGUAGCUGACGAUGGUAAAUGUGUUCAUCUCAGGUGAUCUUUCCUGAACCGAGAAAUGAAAACUGUGGAUAAAUUUAUCUUUCUUUAUUCUAUAUUUCAAGCUGUUUUGUGUAGAGAAUUCUCCAUCAGUCUACCAGAGAGUGUAGAAGCUCUGAGAGGACUCUGUGUUCUCAUACCCUGCAGUUUUCAGAUUACAGAACAAUAUGACGUAGAGCUUCGGGGAGAUCCUACAGGAAUCUGGUUAAAAGAUGGCAUUGAUGUCAGUAACAACGUCUUUAACUCUAAAGUAGCUACAGAGAACAAGAUUGAAGGUGAAAUUAUAGGAGAUCUCCUCAUGAAGAACUGCACCACCAUCUUCUAUGAUAUCAGACAGACUGACAGAGGAACAUAUUACUUUAGAUUAGAGGCUUUAGGAAAACUGACAUACACGUAUAAUUCUCCAUCGGUGUCAAUAAGAGUGCGAGCAUCUCCAAUCAGACCCUCAAUAACACUGUAUAAGGAGGAUCAGGGGGAGGUGGAUGACCACAAUGAGGUGGUGGAGGGAACUUCAUUGAGUCUCAUUUGCUCUGCUCCAGCUGCUCCAUGUCUCUUAAAGCCUCCCACUUUGACAUGGAGCUUCCUGCCUGAGGAGAGAAGACAGGAGCAGAACCACAACACCAGCUUCAGCUCCUCAAAGCUGAACUUCAACGUUACUCUCCUGCAUCAUGGACUCGAUUUCACCUGCACUGCCACCUACCAGCUCCAGAACCAUAACAAAUCAGUACAGAGCUCUCGUACUCUACAUGUUCUGUAUGGUCCUAGAAACACAUCAGUAUCAGUGUCUCCAUCUGAUUCAGUACUUUUGGGCAGUUCAGUGUCUCUGAGUUGUAGCAGUGAUGCAAACCCAGCAGUGCUGAACUACACCUGGUACAGAGAGAACGGAGAGCAGAUAGGAACCGGAGACCAUCUCACCAUCAACACGACUGAUUCUACACACAGUGGUUUAUAUUACUGUAGAGCUCAAAACCAGCACGGAGAUCACAACACAUCUGUGUUCCUGGAUGUUCAGUAUGGUCCUAGAGACACAUCAGUAUCAGUGUCUCCAUCUGAUUCAGUACUUUUGGGCAGUUCAGUGUCUCUGAGUUGUAGCAGUGAUGCAAACCCAGCAGUGCUGAACUACACCUGGUACAGAGAGAACGGAGAGCAGAUAGGAACCGGAGACCAUCUCACCAUCAACACGACUGAUUCUACACACAGUGGUUUAUAUUACUGUAGAGCUCAAAACCAGCACGGAGAUCACAACACAUCUGUGUUCCUGGAUGUUCAGUAUGGUCCUAGAGACACAUCAGUAUCAGUGUCUCCAUCUGAUUCAGUACUUUUGGGCAGUUCAGUGUCUCUGAGUUGUAGCAGUGAUGCAAACCCAGCAGUGCUGAACUACACCUGGUACAGAGAGAACGGAGAGCAGAUAGGAACCGGAGACCAUCUCACCAUCAACACAACUGAUUCAACACACAGUGGUUUAUAUUACUGUAGAGCUCAAAACCAGCACGGAGAUCACAACACCUCUGUGUUCCUGGAUGUUCAGUAUGGUCCUAGAAACACAUCAGUAUCAGUGUCUCCAUCUGAUUCAGUACUUUUGGGCAGUUCAGUGUCUCUGAGUUGUAGCAGUGAUGCAAACCCAGCAGUGCUGAACUACACCUGGUACAGAGAGAACGGAGAGCAGAUAGGAACCGGAGACCAUCUCACCAUCAACACGACUGAUUCUACACACAGUGGUUUAUAUUACUGUAGAGCUCAAAACCAGCACGGAGAUCACAACACAUCUGUGUUCCUGGAUGUUCAGUAUGGUCCUAGAAACACAUCAGUAUCAGUGUCUCCAUCUGAUUCAGUACUUUUGGGCAGUUCAGUGUCUCUGAGUUGUAGCAGUGAUGCAAACCCAGCAGUGCUGAACUACACCUGGUACAGAGAGAACGGAGAGCAGAUAGGAACCGGAGACCAUCUCACCAUCAACACGACUGAUUCUACACACAGUGGUUUAUAUUACUGUAGAGCUCAAAACCAGCACGGAGAUCACAACACAUCUGUGUUCCUGGAUGUUCAGUAUGGUCCUAGAGACACAUCAGUAUCAGUGUCUCCAUCUGAUUCAGUACUUUUGGGCAGUUCAGUGUCUCUGAGUUGUAGCAGUGAUGCAAACCCAGCAGUGCUGAACGACACCUGGUACAGAGAGAACGGAGAGCAGAUAGGAACCGGAGACCAUCUCACCAUCAACACGACUGAUUCUACACACAGUGGUUUAUAUUACUGUAGAGCUCAAAACCAGCACGGAGAUCACAACACAUCUGUGUUCCUGGAUGUUCAGUAUGGUCCUAGAGACACAUCAGUAUCAGUGUCUCCAUCUGAUUCAGUACUUUUGGGCAGUUCAGUGUCUCUGAGUUGUAGCAGUGAUGCAAACCCAGCAGUGCUGAACUACACCUGGUACAGAGAGAACGGAGAGCAGAUAGGAACCGGAGACCAUCUCACCAUCAACACGACUGAUUCUACACACAGUGGUUUAUAUUACUGUAGAGCUCAAAACCAGCACGGAGAUCACAACACCUCUGUGUUCCUGGAUGUUCAGUAUGGUCCUAGAGACACAUCAGUAUCAGUGUCUCCAUCUGAUUCAGUACUUUUGGGCAGUUCAGUGUCUCUGAGUUGUAGCAGUGAUGCAAACCCAGCAGUGCUGAACUACACCUGGUACAGAGAGAACGGAGAGCAGAUAGGAACCGGAGACCAUCUCACCAUCAACACGACUGAUUCUACACACAGUGGUUUAUAUUACUGUAGAGCUCAAAACCAGCACGGAGAUCACAACACCUCUGUGUUCCUGGAUGUUCAGUAUGCUCCUCAGGUCUCUCCAUCCUCCAGCUGUAACAGCACUCAGGAUUUGAUCAUGUGUUCCUGUGAGGUUCAUGGAAACCCAUCUCCUACACUGCAGUGGAGUCUCUCUGGACAAACUGUUCAGCUCUCUGAGGCCACACAGAUCAGAGAGGAACCUGUGGGUGACUCGGGUUUAAAAAGCUUUAUCUCCAUCCAAAAAUCAGUUAAGAACGUACACACUCUGCAGUGUGUUGGCUCCAAUAGGCAGGGUGUUGCAUCACAACUCUUCUUGUCCUUUAUUAAUAAAGCUCCGUGCUCUGCUGGAGUUGUGGAUGUUUCCUCUGUGCUGAUUGGUGCUGCUGUUGGAGCUUCAGUAAUGAUGGUACUGUGUGGUAUAUUCCUGUGGUUAAGGAAAUCGACUCCUUCUGGACGAGGAGAAGCAGUAGGACUCAACACGGUGGAUCAUCAGGAGGAAGAUGAAGAGUCAGUGUAUAUGAACAAAACCAUGUUAUCAGAGUCACUUCAUUACUCCACUGUGGAGUUUGCAAACGGAGCAGGAAGUGAAAUCAGAGGACUUUCUGCUCUUACUACUGACUACGCCACCAUCAGCCACAGCUCGGAACAACACACUGAGGGAGGAGCUACAGGACCAGUCAUUAAGGAAGUCCAGGAAGAAAAUCAGACAAAGUCAAACAGUAAAGAGGAGGAGGAGGAGGAGGAGGUAACUUACGGAAACCUCACAAGGGCAGACAACGAUGGAGCAAAUUAAUUUUGAUUUAGGUGAAGUGAAUAAUGAUGACAAUAAUGAUGUUAAUAAUGAAAUAAAACAAACACAGAUAGGAGAAAGAGAUUUAGGA